CGUCAAAUUUCUCUCAGUUUUGAGAAAGACUUAUUGUGAACAUACAUCGUACUAAUAAAUACAUAUAUAUAUUCAUAUAUAUAUGUAUUUUUUUUUUGAGUUUAUAUAUUUUGAAAAUCAAUUAACUUAAGUACACAAUGAAAACAUACAUAUUUUUUUUAACUAUUUCCGCUCUAUUUUUGGUGACGUUAUGUCAAGUCCCAUCUUAUAUUAAAAUUUGUGGACGUAAAGAUCCUCAAUUAAAUCAGUGUAUAAAAAGCAGCGUUGAAUCACUUCGUCAUAAACUUCGUACAGGAAUACCUGAAUUUGCUGUACCGCCAUUAGAAUAUUUGAAUAUCGAAGAAGGAUUACCAUUAGCUAAUUCAAAUGAAAUAAAGGCAUCUGCGAAACAAGUCAAACUUUAUGGAUUACCUGAUUUUCAAAUAAAUAGUAUUAAAAUGAAUAUAGAAACUAAAACAAUUGAUUUAGAUAUAUAUUUCAAAAAUGUUCAAUUGGAAGGAGAUUAUGAUGUCACUGCUAAAAUAAUUGUUCCAGUAACUGGAAAAGGGCCUAUAAAAAUCGAUGCCGAAAGCGUCAGUGCAAAAGUGACAAUUAUCUAUCGUUUGGUAAACACGAAAAAAGGACAACGUAUGCACUUUACAUCAAUGACUUGUAAACUAAAAAUCGGAAGCUAUCAUUCAAAAUUCGUCGCCCGUGAAGGUCCAGAUGCAACCUUUUCAGAAGCUAUUAAUUCUGUCAUAAAUAAUAGCCAACAAGAAAUUUUAGAAGGAAUAAUUCCCAGCCUUGAAAGAUCUAUUUCAAAAAAAGUUCUUGAACUUUCUAAUAAAAUAACAAAAAAUUUCACUUACGAAGAACUAUUUCCUGAUCGGGAAUAAUAAUGAAAUUAUUAUUAAAUUAAAGUGAUAAAAUAAAAUCUUAUUACAUUUUUAAAUAAAACAAUAAAAUUAUUAAAUAUUUUGCUAGUAAUUGAUCAGAGCAAUGUGCGACUUAAAGAAGCCAUAAUAAUUAAAUUUUGAAAAUUAAAAAAAAAUAUAUAAAUUUAUGCUUAAAAAUUAUUAAUCAAAUUAAUUUAUACUAGAAAUUAUUAAAAAAUAU